UUCUUCACCCAUUACAAUUAUUGCAUACACACACUGCCCCAGAGAGAGUAGGUUAACUUGGUGAACAUAGAGAUGAGGAAAUCAUGUGGCUUUUUCUUCUUGCUCCUUCUUCUGGUCUUUGCUUCCCAGGUGGUGGUGCAGACGGAGGGAAGAGUGUGCGAGUCACAGAGCCACGGGUUCAAGGGUGCAUGUACCGGAGACCAUAACUGUGCUCUGGUAUGCAGGAACGAAGGCUUCUCCGGUGGCAACUGCAGAGGCUUCCGCCGCCGAUGCUUCUGUACCAAGAUUUGCUGAGACAAAAUUCAAACAUCAGUGCAUGCAUCUCACUACCAAAUAAAUCACAUGCAUGUACUCUUUCUCUGUUAUCCAUUUGGAAAUGGGAUAUAGCUGCCACAAUUUCCAGUAUUUUCUACUUAGACACCAUUUGCUUGUGUUUGUUCAGCCUUUAUAUUUAUAAUUAAUAAUAAAUGCUUCUUAGUUACCUCCUUGUUACA